AGUGCGCAAUUUCCAUCUACGAUACGACGCUGGCUUUUGUUCAGAUCCUUGAAUGGUCUUCAAUAAUUGGCGUAUAUAUAAUAAUUCCCCAAGCUGAUCAACAUGACUCCAGUUCUGAUAAUUGCGAUCAGUCUUUUGGGAACAAUAAUGAUGGCAUCGCUUCUCGCCUUGUUGCUGCUCCUUUGCACCAAGCGGAGAUGUCGGAAGGCGCAAUUAGCCCGAACACAGUACCAGGAACAGGAUGCAGAAAUGGUCAAAGCAACAUGGAAUAAGUCCCAUGGUGAACUGGGACUUGGUGGAUACUCCCCUGAGGACGAUCUGCCUGAGAUGUUUCUGGACCCAGACUGGAAUGGUGAUGCAGAAAACGUGAUAUCAGACUGUAUCGAGUUGUUAAAGUCCUGUCAUCUACUUACGGAACAACUUGUUGCUUAUACUAUGGAAAGCAGUGGUAUGAUCAAAUCACCAACGGAAGUCGAUAACAUUGUGGCUGCGGCCAAGAAUAUUAGGCCAAGGUAAUAUCUGGAUAUUUAUGUUAUU